CCUGCACACUCGUCUCACGUGACCAGACCCCAUCCGAGCCUUGCAGCCGGGCUGAAGGGAGCUGGUCCGUGCCGUGGCCAGGAUGCGACCACCUCUGUGCUGGCUGCUGGCUGCUGCCACGGUGGUCUCCGUCACCGCUGCUGCCGGCUCCCACACGGUCACUGCUGAAGAGGAGAUUCAAUUUAGGUCCUGGAUGCUGCAGCAUGGCAAGUGGUACAGCGAGGGGGAGUACUACAGCCGGCUCCGGAUCUUCGCCGGCAACAAGAGGCGGGUGGAGCGGCACAACGCCGGGAACCACUCCUUCCAAAUGGGGCUAAACGAGUUCUCAGACCUGACGUUCGCCGAGUUUAAGAAGAGAUUCCUCUGGAGCGAGCCGCAGAACUGCUCGGCCACGCGGAGCAACUUGCCACGUAGCUCGGGGCCCUGCCCCAGCGCCAUCGACUGGAGGAAGAAAGGAAACUACGUGACCCCGGUGAAAAACCAGGGCGGCUGCGGGAGCUGCUGGACCUUCUCCACCACGGGCUGCCUCGAGUCUGCAAUCGCCAUCAAGACAGGAAAGCUCCUGAUGCUGUCGGAGCAGCAGCUGGUCGACUGCGCCCAGAACUUCAACAACCACGGGUGCAGCGGGGGGCUGCCGAGCCAGGCCUUCGAGUACAUCCUGUACAACAAGGGGCUGAUGGGAGAGGACACGUACCCGUACCGGGCAGAGAACGGCACCUGCAAGUUCCAGCCCGACAAGGCCAUCGCCUUCGUCAAGGAGGUCGUCAACAUCACUCUGUACGACGAGCUGGGCAUGAUGCAGGCCGUGGGCACGCACAACCCCGUGAGCUUCGCUUUCCAAGUGACCGAGGACUUCAUGCAGUACUCCAAAGGGAUCUACUCCAACCCGCACUGCGAGAAGACCCCGGACAAGGUGAACCACGCGGUCCUGGCUGUCGGAUAUGGCGUGGAAAACGGGAUGCCUUACUGGAUCGUCAAGAACUCGUGGGGCACGUACUGGGGCAUGGAUGGGUACUUCCACAUCGAGCGUGGGAAGAACAUGUGUGGCCUUGCUGACUGCGCCUCUUAUCCCAUCCCCUGGGUCUAAGAUGGGCCGACGGCCGGGGGAGGUGGGCAGAGGAAAGGGCCCUCAGACACCACAGUCCUAGCAGCAGAGACAUGGGAUGGGGCUAACUCCGCUGAGGUCCCGAUCCUGCCGUGAGCUCUGCCCGACUGUUUGCACAGAGCUCACUGGAGGAGCUGGAUCUCACACCCCUCCACCUGCCCUCCUGAGGCCGGUGGGUUUCCUGUAAAUAAAUCUGCCCGCAUCGCGGCACGUUGCAAAUGCCGGGGAAACUCACCGUCCGAUCCCAGCCCUGAUAUCACAGCACCACGUGCUCUGCAUCUCUAUGCCUGACUUGCCCAUUUGCUGGGCGUGGGCGCUGACACGUAUGUGACCAGCCUCUCCACGCUUGGCUGCAGUGGGUUAGACAGUGCUGGAGAAGCACCUGGAAAAUACCCGAUGUGCCACGUUAUCGGUGUCAGUCCAGUUAGAAACUGGAGCCUCUCCUCCCCGUCCACACUUCAGAAGACCUCACUUCCAGGGCACUCCUACUUCCUUGCCAAGACUGAAUUUCUCCCUUCCUCAGAAAAGUUAGUGCUAUGAGUUUUUAAGUCUAUUUUCAUUAAAGCUGAAGAGGUGAUUAUUUUUUUAAGAUCUCAGAGACUAUUUUAAUGAAGACUCAAAGGAAUUCACGAUUUUCUACAAAACUGGUGUAAAAAACAGAACGUUUAGUGUCUGUGAUGUUAGCACGGUGAGCUGUAAGAGGGCUCAGCUCGGCUAUGCCGCCAGCGUUGCAUCCGGCUCGUGUCCGGGUCGCACUGCUGAAACGUUGCAGCGAUUUAUGGCGUUGAAUAAAAACAACCUGUCACUUUGGCAGUAUUGUGUU